AUGAAGGGAAAUAAAAUGAUGGAUGAAAAUAAAAUGAAACGGAAAAAAAAUGAUAACAAAAUCAGAAAAAUAGAAGAUGAUGAUAAAAAUGAAAAGAAAGAUACAUUUAAUCCACAACUUAGUACUAGGGAAUUGAAAAAGAUCCAAUAUUAUGAGAAUAUGUUUAAGAAAAUCGAACAACAAAAAGAAGAAAAUAAUAAUGAACUUGAUAAUAAAAAUAAAAAAAUUCAUAACAAUAUAAAGAAAAACAAGAAAGAAUAUAAUGAAAAAAAGGAUGAGUAUAUUGGAUCAAAAAAAGUAGAUAAUAAAAUCGAAAAAUAUAGUAAGCAUGGGCUCUUGAAAAAAGGGAAAGAUAACAAUAAUAAUGAUAUAUGUAAAAUAAAUAAAAAAAUAAAAAAGAAGAAAAGGUUAAUGGGUAAUUAUAAAGGCAUAUAUGAAACUGAUUCAAAUAGUUACAAUAGUGAUAAUAAUGAAAUAUAUUUAAAAAAUGAAGAUUAUGGAAAUACUAAAAAAAAUAAAAUAUCAAAAUCAAAUAUUUUUGAAAAAAAAAAAUUAAAAAAACAGAAAAAUGAAGAUAACUUUAACUAUAGUUUGUUUAGUAGUGAUGAUAAUAGUGAAAAGAAAGAAAAUGUCUUAAAUAGUAAUUCAUCUAUAAUUAAUGAAAAAAAUAUACAACAUAUCAAUAAUAUUCAUAAUUUUAAUGAGAUUGAUAAAAACAUAAAUCGAACUGAAUAUAAUUAUGGUGGCACAUAUAAAAUAAUCGAAAUAAAAAAAAGGAAAAAGAAUAGUAGAAAAAGAAAUACUAUUCUGAAAAUCCAUUAUGAAAGGGGAUAUGUAUCAGACAUAAGUUUUGAUCAAAUGGAUGAUAAUGGAAUAUUAGAUAAUAAGACUAUGAUUAAAAAUGAGGAUAAUAAUUUAAUUAAUCUUUUGAGAUUUAAGAUAUAUAAUAAUAUUUUUUUAAAAAAACAGAAUAAAAAUAUAGUGAAAAGGAAACGAUCGUUUUCAGUAAAUUCAUCUUUAAAUGAAUAUUUUUUGGAAAGUGACAUGAUUAAUUUAAAAAAUGCAAAUGAUUGUAGUAGUACGGAUAGUAAUUUUUUUGACGAUGAAAAUAAAAUAAAUUUGUUAUCAAAUUUUGAGGAUACAAGAAAGGAGAAUUUAUUUGAAUUUUUAAAAAAAACUAGUGAUAAAAUGAAUGAAUAUAAAUGGAUAAAAAGCAUGAAAAUGAACCCUGAACUAUCCUAUUUAAAUUGUAUUCCUGAAUAUGAAAAAGGAAAUAUUUCAAGCAGAAUAAAUAGUAGUGUUAAGUCAGCUAUAAAAUAUAAAAAUAAUUUAAAUUUAUUUUUAAAAGGAAAAGAAGAUUCCUAUGAAAAUAUAAAUACAAAAUCAAAUAGUAUGAAUUAUAUUGAUGAUGAAAAUGAUACAAAUAAAAUUUCGUUGUACAAUAAUAAAAACUAUGAUGAAUGUAAUACUGUUAAAUUUGUUAAUAAAGAAUAUGAUGUUAAUUUUUGCAUGAAAAAAUAUUUAAAUGAUAUGAAAUAUAUUAAUUUAAAAAAAUUUAAAAAAAUAAAAAAAGGGAAUUUAAAUUCAUAUUUAAAAGGCUGUACACAAAUUUUGAAUACUGAUAAAAUUGAUAAUUUAAUUUUUGUCUUAAGAACAUUUACAAGUGUAAUUGAAAAAGGGGAAGAAAAAAUGGAAUAUAAAAAUAUGAUGAAUUUAUUAAAAUAG